CAACGCCGUCCUCGCGCGCUGCCGCCAGGGGCGCUGCGCCCCGCACCGCGAGGCAUGGCGGACUACGAGGCGGUGCAGCGCGGGCCGCUGCGGCUGAAGGGCGGCGGCACGGGGCUGGGGGCCGGGAAGCGGAAGAAGAAGAAGGCGAAGGACAAAGCCCAGAUCCUGGAGCAGAUCGUGAGCGGCAAGAAGCAGGAAGAGGAGAAGAAGCGCGGCCUGGAUAAGCGGACCCCGGCGCAGGUGGCCUACGAGAAGAUGCAGGAGAAGCGGCAAAUGGAGAGGAUCCUGAAGAAGGCCUCGAAAACCCACAAGCAGAGAGUUGAGGACUUCAACAGGCACCUGGACACCCUGACUGAGCACUACGACAUUCCCAAAGUCAGCUGGACCAAGUGAACCGGCGGCGUUCGCACGGGGAGUUCUGCUUCUGUCCAACAGGGCUGCCGUGUAAACCUCUGUAUUGCGUGUACUGAGUAUUUAAUGUAUCUUCGGGACAUUUAUCGCCCUGUACUGCCGUAUUUCAGCUUCAGAAUACUCAACAAAGUCUCUUCUUGACUUACGGAGGUGCAGAGGGGUGUUUUUCAGUGCUCAGAGCCACGCUGAGGCCAAACAUAAUUGUGAGACAACGGGAAAUGUUCCUUUAUUUGUCCUAUGCCAGCAGCUCUCGUUAGAAGCAGGAUUGUGGCAGCAUUACGUUGUGUCAGCCGCGCUCAUAAAUUGCAGAACUGUGUAAUUUCUAUCUGAAAUCGCUCAGAGUUGGGGGGGGUGGUAUCUGCUGUAUUCUAAAAUCCUUGUAUCUUUGAUGUAACUUAUUAAAACGCUGCUUUCAUCCAUUA